UCUCUGUAAUUACGUCUCCUCUGGCUUUCCGUAGCAGCUGAAUUUGAUUGUUUGGGCUAACAAGCGGACCAACCGAACAGGAAUCUUAUAAUAAACUGUCAAGGUUCUGCUCCCGGAUUGAGAUUUUGGGUUUUACUGGGUCUCGGUACCCCCUCCCACUGCUCCCGCUCGCUGUCAGUCGGUAUUCUUCUGACCUUUGACCCCCGCGUGCAGGCGCGCGACUCUUGCUGUUAGCUUGGAGGCUAACCGCUCCACUGACGCGGGGCACCGGUGCGGACCGGGAUGAGCCAUGGCCUCGGUUCGGGUGGCCGUGCGGGUCAGACCCAUGAACCGGAGGGAGAAGGACCUGGGCUCCAGAUGCAUCAUCAGGAUGGAGGGAAGCAAAACGUCCAUCGUCAACCUGAAGAUCGCUGACGGCUUUCCAGGAGAACCGGUGAGGGAGAACACCAAGACCUUCACCUACGACUUCUCCUACGACUCCACAGACCGCCAGAGCUCCGCCUUCACCUCUCAGGAGAAGGUCUUCGAGGAUCUGGGUUCUGACGUUCUGAAGGCGGCCUUUGACGGCUACAACGCCUGCGUGUUUGCUUAUGGUCAGACGGGUUCAGGGAAGUCCUACACCAUGAUGGGCGCUCCGGGAGAUGCCGGUUUGAUUCCGAGGAUCUGCGAGGGUUUGUUCUCCAGGAUCUCCAACUCGUCUCGAUGCGAUGAAGCUUCGUUUCGGACAGAAGUCAGCUACCUGGAGAUCUACAACGAGCGCGUCAGAGACCUUCUGAGGAGGAAGUCCACCCAGACCUACAACCUCCGCGUGCGCGAGCAUCCCAAAGACGGCCCGUACGUGGAAGAUCUGUCCAAACACCUGGUCCUGAACUAUAGUGAUGUGGAAGAGCUGAUGGAGGCGGGAAACAUCAACCGCACCACCGCCAGUACGGGCAUGAACGAUGUCAGCAGCCGCUCUCACGCCAUCUUCACCAUCAACUUCACACAGGCCAAGUUUGACGCCGAGAUGCCGAGUGAGACGAUCAGUAAGAUCCACCUGGUGGACCUGGCGGGCAGCGAGCGCGCUGAUGCCACCGGGGCCACCGGCGUGCGGCUGAAGGAGGGGGGGAACAUCAACAAAUCCCUGGUGACCCUGGGGAACGUCAUCUCAGCUCUGGCCGACAUGGCGCAGGACGCCGCCAACGCCAGCCUGAAGAAGAAGUCCGCCUUUGUUCCCUACAGGGACUCGGUGCUGACGUGGCUGCUGAAGGACAGCCUGGGCGGGAACUCCAAGACCAUCAUGAUCGCCACUAUUUCCCCCGCUGAUGUGAACUAUGGCGAGACGCUCAGCACGCUGCGCUACGCCAACCGAGCCAAGAACAUCAUCAACAAACCCACGGUUAACGAGGACGCCAACGUGAGGCUGAUCCGGGAACUGCAGGCUGAGAUCGCACGACUGAAAGCUCUGCUGAUUCAGGGCAACCAGGGACGAGUCUGAGGAGGAGCAGGAGAGGAGGCGCCAGCACGAAGCCGCAGAGCAGAGGGAGAUCUACCGAGAACUGGAGAGGCUAAAUAAGGAGCGCGAGGAGCAGAGGCUCCGCCUCGACACGGAGCGGCGCCGGCUGGAGGAGCAGGAGCGAGAACAGUUGAGUCUGGUGGGGAAGCUUGAGGAGCAGCUGAGGGAGAAGAAGGAGGCCACCUCCACACUGCUAACCCGGGAGGACACUCAGCACCUGGAGGAGGAGCAGCGCACACUGGCCGACAUCAGAGGAGCUUUGCUCCGAGCCAAGGAGGCGGCGGCGCGCACAGAUGUGGAGGACGCCUGCGAGGAGGCCAGGUCCGCCCAGACUCGCUACCGGGAGUUUAAGGCGGCUCAGAUGAAGGAGCUGGGCCAGAUGGAGGAGGGGCUCCAGCAGCAGAGGGAGCGCCUGCAGCAGGAGGUGGCUGCUGAGCGCACCACCCUGCUGGUCCUGUCCCAGAGCCUGAAGGAGCUCCAGGAGAAGGGUCUGCAGGACGCCACCACCGUCUGCCAGGAGGAGCAGCUCCUCAGGCAGGCCGAGCAGCGGCUGAACUUCAAGGAGCGGCAGCUCGCCGAGCUGGAAGAGAGCCUCCUCCCCGCUGUGGCGGAGGAGAAGCUGAGGGCCAUGGAGGUGCUGCAGCAGAGCGGGGACAACCACCAGAGUUCUCUGGGUCUGGACAACACGCUGUACCAGGUGGAGAAGGAGCUGGAGGACAAGGAGGAGCGUCUGAGCCUCCACUGGAGCAGCGCCCAGCAGCUGCAGCAGCUCCAGGAGACCUACGAGUUCACGGCCAACGUGGCGCGGCAGGAGGAGAAGGUCAGGAAGAAGGAGAAGGAGAUCCUGGAAUCCAGGGAGAAGCAGCAGAGGGAGGCCUUGGAGCAGGCGGUGAGCCGGCUGGAGAGGAGGCACUCGGCUCUGAGGCGCAGCUUCUCGCUGGAGCCGGAGGAGGUGGAGCAGGAGGAGGAGAGACAGGAGAGCUCAGCGAGCCGGACGGGGGAGGGGGUGGACCAGCAGAGACUGGAGCGGGAGAUCCAGAAGCUGCGACAGAGGAUCAGCGAGGGAGACGACCGCGGCCGGACUCCUGAGGAGAAGACGGGGGGCUCGCCCGUCAGCCACAUGCAGACGCUGAACUCGCUGCUGCCGCUGUCGGACGACAGCAGGAUCAACGCCUACAUCGAGGAGGAGGUGCAGCGACGGCUGAGGAGGAUGAACCUCCUGAAGGGCGGCAGAGACAACCCCCCAUCCCCCGAGUCUGUUAAAGAGGAGCAGGAGGAGGAGCAGGAGGCUGGCCUCCAUAGCUCUGUUAGGUCACAGCAGAAGAAAGAUGAAGAGCUGCAGAGGCGGAACCCUCGGAGGCUGAAGCACGAGACAGCCCGCCGGGCCUCCUGCGUGACCCCCCCAGGGCUGGAGACCAGUUCCUCCCCUGAAGUCCGGGAGAAUGUGUUGGUAGAACCGGAGAGCGGAGAACCCUCAGCUGAGCUCCUGCUCAGGAACAGGAGCCCCAAGGAGCAGAGGGGCGAGGGGGGGGACAUGGAGAACCGUGAUGGGGGAGGGAGGAGCAGGUCUGCCUCCUGUGAGGAGGAGCGGGCUUCUUCUCCCUCUAAUCAACCACGAAGAACCCAGAUGAAGGUGCAGAUACGAGACGAGGCGGGUCCAAAGUUCUGGAGGGGUGGGGGUCCCCCCACCGGGCCGGAGGUCGACCCUCAGACCAAAGAAGCCAAGAACACGCUGAACCGGAGGAGCUCCGUUUGGACGCCAACCAGGGAGCCAGAACCCUCCAGGGAUGUGUCUGGGCUGGGGUCCGAACCGGACUCUGGAGGAACCAUCGGUGGUCCCGUUGGCGCCGACCCGCGGGCGGAGAGGCUGUGGACCUUCAGUGGCUUCCUGUGGGAAUCCUUCACCAGAGUCCGGAACCGAACCUCCUUCCUGUGGAGCGGAGCAGAAUCCGGACGGUCCACAGAACCGUCUCGGACCCCCGCCACGGACCUGGAGACGGUCCUCCGUGUCCAGGAAGUGGACCCUGCCGAGGCGGCGCCGCGCAGCAGCGACGGCGUGGACUCGUUUUCUGAAAAGCUGUCUGUGGCGUGUAGAGACGCUGGCAGACGCCUGGAGAACGCACGCCGCGCAAUCCCAGGCCCCGCCCGAGUGCAAGCCGCCCUCGCCCAGUACCUGAUCCGGGAGCGCCCGCCCCCCCACGCCGCGGGGGAGCAGUCAGGGCGCCGUGGCCCGCCUCCCGAGGGCUCGGUGGCGUCCGUCAGGAACACGGCGCCUCAGGUGUUUUCCCAGGAGCUGGUCCUGCUGCCUCCAGCGCUGAAGCGGAUCAGGACUCUGUCCCUGCAGCGCCUCCUGGAGGAGCUGGACCCUCUAGCUCCUCCUCAGGAGGCCGGGAAGCUCCUGAACGUGUUUUGGCUGCAGGUGGCCAACGCUGCGCAGCCCCUCCCACAGCCGGCGUGCCUGCUGCUCUCGGAACGCCACCUGACGGCGCUUUCAGCAGACGGCGCCGGCUUUGUGUUCGUUCUUCAUCGCCUCCACCUUUGGGACGUGACGGAGGUCCAGGUGGGCCUGGCGGGACAGCACGUACGCCUGAGCGGCCGCAGCACGGACGCCGUCCUGGCCGUCUUCACCCACAGCAAACGUCUGACCCAGGAGCUGUGCGGCGCCGUCCUGCAGGCCCGCGCUCCCCAUCACACGGGGGGCGCGGCGCCUCACCCGUUACUCUCAGAGGACCUCAUGCUGCUCUCCUUGGACUGGACCUCUCAGGUUCCUGACAUGGUCGUUGGUGACCUCUGUGUGACCUCCAGAUUCAAGAGGGUCCUGGCCGACCUUCUCUACAUCGUCCACGGAAACAUGAGCGGCGCCGACAAGCCGCCGCUGGCAGACGUCCGCCCUCUGCUGUACACCAGCGUCCGGGUGAAGGACGCUGUCCUCCAGUUCCUCCUGACCGACACGCACGUGGCCCUCCUGCGGGAGGACGGCGUCUUCCAUCCGCCGCCGAGGGGGUCCAGCCUGGUGCCCCCCCAGCCUCAGUUCCACGGGCUCCGCCUCCGCGAGCGCUCCAACAUCAGGUGCCUUUUCGUGAGGAGAAGCGACGUCGGCAUCACCGUGGAAAUGAUUUUUACAAACUCUCUGCGCUGGAGGGCGGAGCCCAGGCGGGGCUCGGAGCCCAGGCGGGGUUUGGAGCCCAGGCGGGGCUCGGCGGGAGCGGCCCCCUCCCACGGUUCUUCUGAGAGCUGGAACGUUCUCUUCGGCUGCUCCUCGGAGGCUCAGAUGCUGAUCGACCAUCUGUGUGUCUGAAGGACUGAUGCUUUAAGCCCCGCCCCCUCGCUUUCAUGAUGUUUUUAGAUGUUUCAAGCAGCUGAAACGUUUUUACCCAGUUUGUAAUCGUUUGUGAGGAACAAUAAAGUUUGAGCUCCUGCUGUA